AUGAGUGCUCCUACUGGAAUGGGUCAAAACACUGCUGCUCAAUGGCAUAAUGUGGCUGGCCAAUUGCACGCGUAUGUCAAUAACAACGGUGGGCAACAACUUCAUGCUGCUAGUGGUCGCGUUCAACAAUUUCAACCAACUCGUGGACCAGCAUAUGCAUCUCAUGUUGUUCCUCACAGUCAAUAUCGGAUGAGUGCAUAUCCUAGCGCACAGUAUCCAACUCCUGACGACUUCGCCCGAGGUUUUCUACGGAAUCUAUUCAAACCUUAA